AGAGGCAGCUGUCUUGUUUUGUCGUGCUGACCUACCCAUCUCACGCAUCUCUCCGCCUCUCUGUCUGACCGUCCGUCUGAUCGUCCGUCUGUCUGUCUCCAGCAUGCUGCGACAGGGGCUUCUGCGAGCUUGGCUGGUGCUCUGGCUGGCACAGUGCUGUCUGCAAGGAGGGACCACCCUUGAAACCGGGCUCGGGUUUGGAAGGGCCCAGGCUGCAGGGGCCGGCCUUUCUCUGGGUGCUCUUGGGACACGAGGGAUUGCUAGGACAGCUGGUCGCUAUCCUGGAGCCAUGCUUGGAAUGGGAGCCUAUAGGGGAGUGCUGGGCAGACAGAUGAGGCCAGGAUAUGGGGCCCUGGGAGGCUACGGUGGUUACGGUGCUGGUCUGGGGCUCGGGGCUGGAUUAGGAAUGAAACUGCCCAGAGGGUAUGCUGGUGGUGCCUAUGGUUACCGAGGGCAACCCUUCGGAGGUUAUGGAGGCAUUGGGACCUAUGCUGGAGCAGGACUGGGUAUGGGCGGAGCCGCAGGUUACGGUGCUGGGGCUGCUGGGUAUCCUGGAGCAGGACUCGCCAAUGGUUACGGAGCAGGCUACGGAAAUGGCUACAUGGGUGGAAACAGCUAUGGUGCUGGGUUGGGCCUCCCUGCGGUUUUAGCUGAUGGUGCUGGACUGGCUGCGAAGGCAGGGAAGGGUGCAGUGGGUGCUGGUGUUGGUCCUGUCGCUGGUGCUAGUCAGCUGUCCUACGGGGGCCAGCCUAUGAUUCCUGCCGGGCUUGGGGCCAAGGUCAAGGCUGACAGUUUGGGCGAGGGGGCCAUGCCCUAUGUAGGGCAGGCCUUCCAAUCCACAGCCCUGGGGAAUCAGGAGAACCUGGGUGGGCUGGCUGCUGGACUGGGAUUGGAUGCUGCUGCUAAUAAAUAUGGGGAAGGAGCGUACCUGGGUGCUGGAGUCCCACCAGCAGCGGCGAAAAGCGGCAAAUUUGAGAUGAACGAGUUCUUGGAUAAUGGUCUGAACGGCUAACUCAAGCCCCGCAGCCCUGAAUGAAAACUGAAGAUCGGCUCCAUCGUGUUUCCUUCGUGCGUUUUUGUCGCUGUUGCCGAUCACUUCUGUUUUCAUUAUUUUUGUCUUUCUUGCUCCCCAUCUGUACUUUUUUGUUUGAGUCUGUUGCCUCAUUCCCUGCACCCGUCCAUUCUGAGACUGCGGUCUCCUUAUGUGCAUAUCCCCACUAAAGCUCCGAAAGCACCUGUA